AUGUACGAUAAAGAACCAACACCAUUUGAAAUUCAACAAAUUAUAGCAGAACCUUCUGGUUCAACAAAUUCUUCAAAUAAAACCCUUAAGGAGGAUGUAGUUAAUGUAAUUGAUAAUAAUGAAUAUCUUGACGUACCUCAAACUCGUCCUCGAAAAGAUAAUGGAACUGCAACAACUUUUAAUAGGUUAUCAGAUCGAUAUACCUUUUCAUUUUCUGCAGAUUUAAUUUCACAGUUUGAUAGGUAUCGCGCACAAAUGCGUGAAAGUAUACGUCAUGAAUUAGAAGAAGAAAAUCGAGAAAUGAAAGAACAAGAAUUAGAAACUUUAGAAACUUUAGAAACUGCAAUAAAUGAUGAGGAAGGAACUUUUAGCGUUCACCAAGUACAUCAUUCUCCUUUUGGGUCAAAUAUGUAUUCACAAGGCUCAACGAGCCGAGAUAUUGACAGUGCACCAAAAUCUUGUUUACCAAAAUCAAAAUCAAAGAAACCAUUAAUAUUCUCCUUCUUAAGAGGGCGAACAAAAUCACGACAUAUUACAACUUCAGAUAUGGACAAUCAAUCUGUGUCUGGAAUUGAACCUUCUGUAAUUGAUAUUGAAGACAUUACAAUGUCAAAUGAAUCAGAUUUACGGCAAUCUUCACAUCGAGCGAAACCCAGUUUAACUAAAAGAUUUAUAAAGGGGAUAAAAAAACUUGUGACUUGUUCGUAA